AUGAAUUUCUAUCGAUCUGUGCACCAUCCUUUACGUAUGUUCCGUCGACGGCUCGCUCGAGAGUCGUUUGUGUUCCGUCACGUACCAAAUAAUAGCGUAGCAGGUGGCCGAGGCCGGCGGCUCUCUGCUCUCUGUCGCUGGCGGGCCUACACAUCUCCAUAUUUACAUCUAGCUAAGCAAACAGCCGCGCACAUUACUCGUGUGGUCGGCGCGACAGAGCGCGGCGCGCCGCUGCCCGGCAGCCUCGGCAGCGGUUCCAUGUUCUUUAUAUCUGUAUACCUCAUUCAAUAA